GCUCUACAGAACGGCAGAAGACGGUUGCCUGGUGUCAUUAGCAAGCGGCAAGUAUGGCGGUGGCGCGAGUCGACGGGGCUCUGGCUCCGGGAGAAGGAUCAGUGGUGAACUGGUCAGGCCAGGGACUGCAGAAAUUAGGUGCCAACUUGCCCUGUGAAGCUGAUGUCCAUACCUUGAUUCUGGAUAAAAAUCAGAUUAUUAAACUGGAGAACCUAGAGAAAUGCAAACAGUUAAUCCAGUUGUCAGUGGCUAACAAUCGCUUGGUACGGAUGAUGGGUGUGGCCAAACUGACUCAACUCCGAGUGUUAAAUUUACCUCAUAAUAGUAUUGGCUGCGUGGAAGGCCUGAAGGACCUAGUCCAUUUGGAGUGGCUGAAUUUAGCGGGCAAUAAUCUGAAGACCAUGGAGCAAGUCAAUAGCUGUACGGCUCUUCAGCACCUUGACUUAUCAGACAAUAACAUUCCCCAGAUAGGUGAUGUGUCGAAAUUGAUAUCUUUGAAGACCUUGCUUUUACAUGGAAACAUCAUCACUUCUCUUAGAAUGGCACCUGCUUAUCUACCCAGAAAUCUUUCUAUAUUGUCUUUGGCAGAAAACGAAAUCCGAGACUUAAAUGAGAUCUCGUUUUUGGCCUCUUUAAGUGAACUGGAGCAGUUGUCAAUCAUGAACAAUCCUUGUGUGAUGGCAACCCCGUCCAUUCCAGGGUUUGACUAUCGGCCGUUCAUCGUCAGCUGGUGUCUAAAUCUCAGAGUACUUGAUGGAUACGUGAUUUCUCAGAAGGAAAGUCUGAAGGCUGAGUGGCUCUAUAGUCAAGGCAAAGGGAGAUCGUAUCGGCCUGGGCAGCACAUCCAGCUUGUCCAGUACCUGGCUACAGUCUGUCCUCUUACUUCUGCACUGGGUCUUCAAACUGCAGAGGAUGCCAAACUCGAGAAGAUUCUGAGCAAGCAGAGGUUUCACCAGAGGCAGCUGAUGAGCCAGAGCCAAGAUGAAGAGUUGUCUCCUCUUGCUGCUGUUGAGACAAGGGUGCACCGUACGCCUGAGUGCUCAAGCCCCGGGCAAGACUUCCAGGAAAGUGAACCUGUCCUCCAAAUCAAUUCUUGGGUUGGCAUCAGCAGUAAUGAUGAUCAGUUAUAUGCUGUUAAGAAUAACUUCCCAGCUGCUGCACACGCUGCAAGAUAUUCUCGGAAUGACCUUCACCUGGAAGACAUACAGACAGAUGAGGACAAACUAAACUGUAGUCUGCUCUCUUCAGAGUCCACUUUUAUGCCAGUUGCUUCAGGACUGUCUCCAGUGUCUCCCACUGUUGAGCUGAGGCUACAGGGCAUUAACUUGGGCCUAGAGGAUGACGAUGGUGCAGAUGAGUUCACAAAAGGGCUGGAAAACCAGGACGAGGAUAAGGACAAGGAAAAGUCUUUAUGGGAUAUGAGUGAGAGUUGUGUUGAAAUGCUGAAACGUAAGAUCAGUACAGAAGUAAGUGAGGCAGCUGGGCUGCUGCCUUGUCCCAAGUCAGUGAUCAUCAGUGCUGCCUUGAAGGAGGAUACCCACAGUCUUACAUCUCUCCCUGAGUCAGCUGGACACAGUGCGUCUCGUACGGAAGCAAACAGCGAGGAAGCCAUGUCUCCUGCCACUUCAGAGAAAUUUCCCUGUAGAAUUUUGACCCAGAGGCCUGCUGCUUUGGGACAAGAUAAAGUCACCCUUCAGAAACUGAAUGCAGCUGCCACUAAGCUUCAGGCCUGUUGGAGAGGCUUUUACACCAGGAACUACAAUCAGCAAGCCAAAGGGGUGCGCUAUGAAAUCCGGCUACGCAGAAUGCAGGAGCACAUUGUCUGCCUAACAGAUGAAGUGCGGAGGUUGAGAAAAGAAAGAGAUGAAGAACGUGUGAAGACUUUUGUGCAAGAAGAGGCUGUCAGGUUCCUUUGGAACGAGGUAAGAUCUGUACAAGCUUGGCAGCAGACAGUGGAACAGCGUCUGGCUUCCUGGCCGCCCGACGUGCCUCCUAUAUCAAGUACUCUGGCGUCACCCAAGCCCCCGUUAUUUCCACAUCAUCAGGACCCCUCUUCGGAUCAGAGUUCGGACUGGCUCGUUGCUGAGGACGAAGCUGCGCAAGGGAGAUCAGCGCCAGACUUUCCCGACUCUGGGUUUCACUCCUCCCUGACAGAGCAAGUUCCCUGUCUGCAGGAUUCGUUGGAUUUUGAAAAGAGUUCGGUAGAAAGCAGCGAAAACUCCGUGUUGGGGAAUUCCGCUGACACGGUGAAAUGCGUCAAAGACCGAGACUCGGAGGCCACAGCCGAGGAGCACAGUGACUGCAGUAGGGAGAGCUCAGCCAGUGAGCAGGACAACACUCUGCUCCAACAGUAUUUAACCUCCGUCCAGCAGCUGGACGAUGCCGCAGAGGCGGCCGAUUCUGACGAUGUGGCAGGAGACGGUAAGCGUCACCUCGCUUGUUCUCCGGAAAGGUUUGACGCCUCCUCUGACAGUGAGACUCAUAGAGUGGCCUCUACUUCACAGGAUGAAAUUAGCCAGACGCCAGAGAAUUGUCAGUUAAACGAAGAAGCCCAAGGGCAGCCUCCGGAGUGUGACCCUGCCUUUCAGGGGUUGCAUGUGGGUGUCACUGUGCAGCCUGUCUGAUUUACUGGGGAGCAGAAAUUCAAUUCGAUUUUCUUAUGUUUUCAAGUGUCUCUUUUGCAGGGGAGCAACCCUUUCCCCCAUUUUGUUAUUAUUUAUAUACAACUUGUUUCCUUGUCCCACACUUUUUAGAUAUUAGCUACUGAACUACGUCUUCAUUUUCAUUGUACUACUGUACUAAACAAUAUUGAUAUUAAAAGGCAUAUGCACUUUAUUUCUUAAUAAUUACACCAAUAAUGUUUCCUUUACAUCCGUACUGCCUUUCAGGAACAGUUCCUUGCAGUAGUUUUGGUGAUUUAAGUAGGAGAACUUGGCUCUUGUUAGUCACAUGGUAAGGGAUGGAAUAUGUAAGGCACGGCUAGGGUGAGGACUAUGGAAAAGUGAAAUUUCCCAGGCAGUCUCCUUGGCCUAAAACUGUGGCUUUCCACCCUUUGUGUUAAGGAAAGCCUUCUUGUAUAAGAACACUUAGGGAGAAUAAGGUUUAGUGUGUGUGUGUGUGUGUGUGUGUGUGUGUGUGUGUGCGCGCGCGUGCCUUAUGUGUGCGUGCUGGCAUUUAAAAGUCUGAGCCUGGAGAAUGGUCAGCAUGUGCCCGGCCAUUGAGCUGCUCACCUAACUCCCAGAUCGUAAGACUUUUAAGUGGGUGAUUAAAUUGCCUCAUGACAAACAUUAGCUAAUUUGUGGAUCAGUUUUGAAGUAAGGUAUUCCAUCAGGAUUAAAAUCAAGCUUGCUCGGGCAAGUAUCUUUCUCUUUGCUAUGGAGAAAGGAGACAUAGAGUUAGUCACUUGGAACCAUGCUGUUCAAAUGCCUCUUUUCAUUAUGUACUCUUUUAGGCUGUUGACAUUUAUGUGCCAAUACUUUGGGGAAGAAGUAGAUCGUAAGAAAUCAAUAUGUAUUCAUCAUUAUGGUCUUGCUUUUAUUUCUAUAUAUACUUCACCAGAAGAGCCAAAGCUACACUUCACAGUGUGUGUGUGUGUGUCUGUGGACCACAGGAGUUACAGCCCUGUGCAUGCCCCAUGGAGCUGUGUCUCAGUCCUUAUUUCACUCGUGACCUUUGUCCCUUAGUGAAGAACGUUUAAAAUCCUGAUAGACUGCAAAUGUUGUUUUUUUCCUGAAGAAUUUUUUUUAUCUAAUCUCUGAAAAGUGCCAUAUUCGAAGGACAAUGUACUGGUGACUAAGAAAAGAUAAAUCCAGCUGGGCUUGGUGGCGCAUGCCUUUAAUCCCAGUGCUUGGGAAGCAGAAACAGGCAGCUCCCAUGAGUUCAAGGACAACCUGGUUAAAAGUAGGUGCUAAUAUCAUCCAUUAUUCUAUUAAAGCCAUUAGAGCCCUUUAAUUGAAAGUAUAUAAAAACAAAAGUUCUGGUCCUUCCAGAAUAGAGUUGAGGACCAUGUGGUACUUGCUGAGAGGAACAGCUCUACCUUAUGGCGAGCUGAAUUCAUAAACACAUAGUACUCAGGUUGAGAAGGCUUGCAUUUCAUUCUCAGAAAUCCAGAGUCCUUUGACAAGGACAUGUUUUCUGGGUUUUAUAAACAGAACAAGUCUUGAGUUCAAACUAUUUCCUCUAGUAUAGAUGUGUACUAUUGAAUGCUUGAUUGAUUAAAACUGAAAAGUUAACUCUGAAUAAUAAUUACCUUUUAUAAUUUUGCAUUUCUUUUAAAAUACUUAAUUUGUAUGCGUGUGUUUGUGUGUGUGAUAGUGUCUGUCUGAGUGUAUGAGAAUAUGUGUGUAUGUGUGAGAGAGUAUAUAUGUGUGUGCUGUGUAUGUGUGAGAACUUGUAUGUGUAUGUGAGAGCUUGUGUGUGUGAAAGAGAGAGUGUGUGUGUUUGUGUGUGAGAAUUUGUGUGUGUAUAUGUGCAAGGGAGAGUAUUUAUGUAUGUGUGUGUGCCUGCUGGAGGAAGCCAGAGGUGGGUGUCAGCUCCCUUGAACCUGGAGCUGACAGGUGUUUGUAAACCGUCCCUCAACCCUACCUUUUUUAUUCCUUUUUCAAUAGGCAAUAAGAAUUUUUCUUAUUUUUCUAUUUUUACAGUUAAGUGCCUCAUUUGCUGCCCACAGGUAAAGAAAAACAUCUCACUGAGGUAGCACCAAAACUGUUUCACGGCACAUUAAUUUCAGAAAAGUGGCUCCAGCGCUACGGUUGAGCGUCCCAGAGCGCCGUUCUGGUAGUUGCUUUUUCCUUUUCUUAAGUCAUGGAAUCUAGUCAGAUCUAGCCAUUUCAUCUGAUAGACACUGUCAGCAGAACUUAUUGUUCUUUUGUCUGGUUUUCUAGUCUGAAAAUGGCAUUCAACAUAUUUUUUUUGUGAAAAACUUGGCAGAAUAUGCUAAUUGCUCAUAUUCUGCUCUACCUCUCUCUUAUUUUAUCUCAGUUUAGAAGUAUGGGAAUGUGAAGUCGCCUGCUUCGAGCUGCAGAGAAUCUUGACUAUAGGUGAAAAUGCAAUAUGCCAGAAUGUAGGAAAACUAAGACAGAGACCUAACGUAUUUUUAUUGGUUUAUAGAAUUUAAAGGUAACUAAGGGAUAGUAAUUUAUGUGACUCUGGAUUAUUUAUUAGUCUGGCUGGGAAGGGAACAGACUAGGGAGUCUGGGGAGUUGAACUUUGAACUUGGCUUUUUUUGAUAAGAGAUUUUUGUUCAGCUGUGCUGCUUUGGCUCAGAUACAUUCUCGCAUUAUGGAGGACUUGUCACUUCGAGUUACUGCAGAGGCAUAAACUUGUACCACAUAGGCAGGCAAGACUGGCACAUGCCUUUAGUCUCAGCCUGUGCGACGAGGCAGAUACAGGCAGAUCUCUGAGUUUGAGACCAGCCUGGUCUACACAGAGAAACCCUGUUUCAAAAAACGAAACGAAACCAAACAAAACGCCCACAAGCCUCCUACCACCACCCCCCCGCAAAAAAAAAAAAAAAAAAAAAAAAAAAAAACUCGUCAUACCCUGUGAAAAUCAGAAGGAAUCUUGAGAUUAUCUGUUGCCAUUACUAUUGUUGUUAUUAUUAUCGCUAUUAUUAUUGUACAAUGUAAAAGAGAUGCUGGCCUUAUGGCAGCGACUGACUGUUUCAUUGUGCAGAGGAAACAGCAACCCAGGGAUGAUAACCAGCCUGUGUAAGGUUGCGGUAGCCAGCAGUAAACUGGAAACAUGUUCGUGUAUUUCAAGCUUUCCAUAACCUUCUCUGUCCAUCUUUACAGGAAUGAGUAAGUUGCUGCAUUUUAAACAGGAAAAACAGCUUUUAAGAGAGGCCCUUUAAUGGCAGAGUUGUAGCAAACAGCUAAAUCUUUCAGAACCUUGAAUGAAUGUUCUCCAAAAAAACCAAAUGGGACUUUCUUAAAGUUGUUUGUAUGAAGCAAUAAUAGCAGCCGGAAAUGGCAGUGCACACUUCGUUUUUUUGUUUGUUUUUUGUUUUUUGAGACGUGGCUCUGUAGACCAGGCUAGCCUCUAACUCAGAGAUCCUCCUGCCUUUGCCUAACGAGUGCUCGAAUUAAAGGCAUGCAGCAUCACAGCCCAGCAGCGAUACACACUUGUAAUCACAGCACUUGGGAUGCCGAGGCAGGAGGAUCUGAGAGUUCAGGGCCACCUUCAGCUACAUAGUGAGAUUCAGGCUAACCUGGGCCACCAACAGCAAUAGUAAAGUUAAAAUUUUAGGAAAGAAUCACUGUAUCUUAAUCAUUUAUUUGAUGACAGCUAAUCUUAUAGAUUACCAAAGCAGAUAAAAUUUUCUCAAGAAAUACUGAAUUUGAUGCUUCAUGUUGCCUUUUAUAGAGCAACAGAUGGUAAGAAUUUUACACUCCUGGUGUGAGAAAGAUCUAAUCAUGACAGCUGAUAAUAUUCAAAUAGUUUGCCCUUAUACGUCUAACUAUAUAGGACACUAUAGUAUGCAUGUUUUAGAAAAUGUUUGGCCACAUGGUUGUUUAUUUGUAAAUAACUCUGUUCUUUGAUUAUAUGGUGCUGUUCUUGACUGUAUGUUUUCCCUGGGUUUAGUUUAGGUUAUUUUCAAAACACAAGCAUCAUAACUUUUCUGUUAUCUAUUUAUGGCAAGUCUUCUACUUUUCAUAAAUGCUUUCAGGAAUAUACAGCUUUAAAUAUUAUACUAUCUCUCUUGGUAAUUUUUUUAUGUAAAAUAUUAAGAUUGGAUUUAUAAUAAUAAUAUAUAUUUUUCCUGAAGUGGGAAGGGGAAAGCAGUCAUUGGAUUAGUUUCCAUUCAUAAAGAAAUACGAGGCUCAGUUACACGGUUGUUUAAUGUAUAUUCUUUGUUUUGUUUUGUUUUUCUUUUUUUCGAGACAGGGUUUCUCUGUAUAGUCCUGGCUGUCCUGGAACUCACUUUGUAGACCAGGCUGGCCUCGAACUCAGAAAUCUGCUUGCCUCUGACUCCCAAGUGCUGGGAUUAAUGUAUAUUCUUAUUUUGCCACAUCUGUGUUAAAAGAAGUUUAUUGUAGUUAUGUUUUUAACUUUAAAUACAUAGUACUUUUAUUUUUUUGAGACAGGGUCUGUCUAAAAAGCCCUGGUUGUCCUGGAACUCACUCUGUAGACCAGGCUGGCCUAGAACUCAGAGAUUGUGUUUGCCUCUUCCUCCCAAGUGCUGGGAUUAAAGGCAUGCACUACCGUGCCCAGCCGUGGCGCCCUUGUUCUUGAAGUGAAGCAGAAGUAGUUUGUAAGGAACAUUUUCAAUUUUUUUUUUCUUUUUUUGAGGUGAGGGUCUCAUUAUGUUGUCUAGGGUUGGUCUUGAACUCCUGGCCCCAAAUGAUCCUCUUGCCUCAACCUCCAGAGUAGUUGGGACUAUAGGCACAGAAACAUUUAAAUUGAGAAUUUUGGUGAUAAAGUCUAUUGUGCCAUAUUACAGUUAAGCGUCAUGUAAACAAGGUGGGCCUCAUAGUCCUGGAGAGAAACUGACCCCCAUCUUUCUAGGCCGAGGCGCUUCUUAUUGUUAAUGGGUGGAAUCACACUGGACUUUAAUUCUUUUCAUUAAUUUUAGUGGAUAGAGGGGAUUGCUCCUUAGAGUGGCCUUGUCAGUACAUUUCUUUGGAUGUUUUGUAAUAUUUGUGUGUGUGGUGCUAGCAUGCUAGACAAAGCACGGUACCACUUUACAACAUUGCAGCCCCGUGUUCCAGAUUAUCAUUAGUGUCGGCAAGAAGAGUUUAAAGAUAAUUUGAUUUUGCACCAUUUCUUGAUUUUUUUUCAAUGUUGGUACAAACAGUAAGACUUAAGGUGGCUGAAGUCUGUUUUAUGAAGGCUUUUCUAUUUUAUAUUGUGCUCUUCAUUUGUAUUUGAGUCUGUCUAAUUUGAAAUAAAAGCUUUAUACAUUU